AUGGGGCUGGUACUAAGGCAGAAGCCACACAAGUCAAGCCUUGAAAUUCACGGGGAUGACAAUGAGAUUUUGAGAGUUUUGAAUGCGCACAGACAUUCUAAAAUAUUAUGCGAUGUCAAGUUGAUGGUAGAUGGUCAAGAAUUUCCAGCUCAUAAAGGAGUUCUUGCGGCUAAUAGCAACUUCUUUCUAGCCAUGUUUACAACGGAAAUGAUGGAGAAAGACAAAACAACCGUCAGUGUGGAGAGUGUUAGCGCAGCGGCCAUGGAAAGGCUUCUAGAAUACAUGUACACUGGACAGAUUCAGAUCCACGUUGAAAAUGUUCUUGAGUUGUUAGAAGCAUCCAAUUUUCUUUUCAUGGAAAAAGUGAAGGGAGCCUGUUGUCAGUUCCUAGAGAGCAUCAUGGACGUUGAAAAUUGUUUGGCAAUUUUCUCGAUUGCUGAUGUUUAUUCCUGUUAUGGCCUGCGUGGUGCUGUCAUGCAAUACAUUAACCAAACGUUUACCGAACUUGCUAAAUCAGAAACGUUUUUGAAGCUAGGCAAGAAAGAUGUCAUCAGGUUUUUGUCAAGUGAUGACAUUCAAAUUGAAAACGAAGGACAGCUUCUGGAUAUCGCACUGAACUGGAUAAAUUACGACCCCGAACGUAGGGCAAGCUGCAUUAAUGACCUUCUAGAACUGCUUCGCUUGCCCUAUAUACAUCAAUCACACUUUCAAGUUAAAUUAGACCAAUUUAAUGAACACCAUAGGCGAAAUGGCAAGAAAAUAACAGCAUGGAAUAACAAUUCUUGGAAGACGAAUGCGAGAAAAUCCUACCGUCGCGUUGAAGUGAUUGUGGUAACAGGUGGUUGUGAUAGAGGAACCAUCCUCGACAGUGGAAUUUGUUUCAUCCCUGCUGUGCAAAAGUGGACGCAAAUACCAAACAUGCAAGUUCCUCGGUGGAGGUAAAGUUAACUUUGCUAGAUUUCUCAUUUGUUCCUUUAUUGUCAAAUUAAAGGAAGGUUCUAGUAACUCUAUUUCUCGGUACGUAGACGAGCAACCACGACACCCCAGAGGAAUGAGUACGAGUUAACCUCAAAUCCAAAAUUUGGGGGCGGCGUAUUUUAAUAAUGUAAUAGAUUCAGCUUAUUGAAAUUAACAUACAUUAAUUCCGAAUUUUUAUUAAAAGUUGUAGUUCGCCUUUUGACAUUGUGAGUUCAAGAACAUACUGUAAUACUUUAUUUGAGUCGUUGUUUUUACAAUUUUACGAGGUACAGUGUACUUAAAGCCGUUAUGCAAAAAACUACACGUUUUAUUACAAAUUGCGACAGAUAUUACUAAAAGCGACUUUUAUGACAUAAGUUAACAGCACCUACUUUGCUGAAAAGGCUUCUCGUCUGACGUGGAUUUUUUCCCGGGGUGGGGACCCCCUUAGGAUAGGGUAGGCGAGACCUUAGGAUAGGGUAUGGUAUUCUUUCUCUCUGUCCUAAACAGGGUAUAUAAUUUUGCGCGAGUCUGUCCUAAACAAACAGUGUACAUUUCCUUUGGCCUGAAGAGGGUAAUAAAAUUGAGUGUUUUGUCCUAAACAGGGUAUGUAUGAACUAUUAAAUGUAUGACUACGUAUUUUGGAGCUUUCAGUGAUUGGGCUUCCCUUUAUUGAAGUUAAGAGACCAAAGCUGAACAUGAUUUUUAAACGAAAUUUGAAUAGGUUUUUAGGUAACCCUUCUUACGUUAGCUUUAUGUACGUAUUUUUAAUUAAGUUCUUAAUUUUUAUGCUACUCACUUUAAUAUUUCAUUGUAGGAUUAAUAAUGUUGUUUCAGUUUCUUUUAAUAGAGGACCUUCCGGAAAACCUCUCUUAGUGAUGGUGGCCUCCUCUUAAAUCAAUUAUUAUGUAUUAUUAUUAUUAUUUUAUUUUUUUGAAAAAAAUUUUAUUGACAACAAUGCUUACUAUUAAAAUCCUAUUUACAAAUAAUUAAUGUAUUAUUAUUAUUAUUAUUAUUAUUAUUAGCAUUAUUAUUAAUUGUUAAUUGUCGAACGGAGAUUGUACGACCAAAAGGAACUGUGGCCAGGGUUUUGCAUAUUGAUGGUAAAUAAUCUCCUAUCUAAGCUAGUCAAUGAUGCCCGCUCCUUUUAGUGAAGACCUUCGAUGGCAGGUUAUAUGGUUGUCCAUGUUCUUCAGCAUUCAGUUGCAUUCAGGUUUCAUUUUUCUUGGGCGUUUCUGAAAGAACAGUUGAGCGCUAUAUUUCUAAAGUUCUUGUGACUGGCGAUGUAAAGUCAGAGAUAAUAGGCCGUUCAUAAGAGGCAACGAGGAACGUCUUUUAAUUGAAAAAAGCGUGAAUUUCUUUUGUACUUCGGAGUCAAGAACCCUCAGACAAACUUUCAUAGUUGGUGUUGAUUUUCAAGCAGGGUGAACGCAACGUAUGAAAUUUUGCAUAUGAAAUAGCGUAACCACAGUUCCUCUCGGUCUUGCAACGUCCGUUCGACAUUCGCCGUUCGCUAUUCUCUCCUACAACCUUUUUUGAAAUAGCUGUAUAUUUAAGCAAAUUUGCCUAAUACUUUUUUGAAAACAAACCUUCUUCAGGGGCUAAAAGGAAUAUGAAGAUAAAACUAAAAGUAGGCGUUUAAAAUAAAAGUUUGAAAAUAUGAAACAAAAACAAUAGAUUGUCAUUGGUGUAGGAGACUAGAUAGUCUCGUAUAUCAACGAGCUUCGCCACGCCUAUUUUAAUUAUUCCUAGGGGAGAUAAUGUGUCCCCUUUGUGUAUCAAAUGAGCCUCCCUAGCCUUUCUGACUGCGUCACGGUUUUUGUGUAUGAGUUCAAGUGGAGGAGACUGGGCCGAAUACCUACUGACGAGCGUAAGUCUAGAUAACUGCAUUGCAAGUUGUGAAAUAUAAAAAAAUUCUGUGAAGUAGUCUCUCCCCCUCCUUGAUCUGAUUGGAGGUUUUAAAAUUUAAAAGCUCAAUAUAAGGAACUAGGAGACUUAUUUCAUUUCUUAAUCCAUCGCUGUUUCCUACCUUCCUUUAAAGACAUCAAAUGGUGGCCUCAAACGACCACAUAUUUGCCAUCGGUGGACUGAGAGACGUUUGUGUCAAGGGUCCUGUGAUUCCUUUCGCAGAGACAUUCAAUGGUGAAACCAACUCAUGGACCCGUGUCACACACCAGCCAGCCAUACAUGACGUGGAAUUUGACUCAUUCUGUGCAGCGUCCAUUGAGAGCGGAGUGUUGCUGGUGGGAGGAGUGGACCUCAGAACAAACCGCUGUACUUCCCGGGUCUCCUGUGUUCAAUUCAGUGAUGGCUGCUCAAACGUUUCACAGUUGUCACCGCUGAUAUUUCCCAGAGCUGGGCAUUGUCUUGUGACGUCAGGAGAACGCGCGUUUGCCAUUGGUGGAUUUCAAACUCCAUAUUCGCAUGGUAGUGCAGACGGAAUUAGAAGUGUUGAAAGCUAUAAUAUACGGCAAGGUAAGAUUUUUAUACAGUCAGGGUUUGUUUUGGUAUAACAGGGGCGUAGCCAGGAUUUUCCAUUGGUACGCACAAUUAAAGGAUUGAUGGUGAGGCCGAGGUGAGAACAACGCGUUCAAGCUUGCUAUCUGCGCACCAUUGUCCCACUUUCUCUCUAAACAGAUCAUUUUAUGAAUCACGUCACUUCGCUAGAAACCGACAUUCAGAUGUGGAAAAAAGUAUGUUUUUAAGCUGAAACAUAUUUUAAAGAAACACUCAGGGUUAAAUGAGUUGAGUCAAACUUUGCUUUUUAAAAUAAUUUUCUUUUAUGUUAAAAGGCGUAUUGUUAUCAUCAUCAUUAUUAUUAUUACUAUUAUCUCUUUUAUUUUAUUAUUGUUUUUAUUAUUAUCUUCGACUUAUUCAGCUACGCCCCUGUAUGACAUAUGCGUACCAAGCCAAAGAAUUGCAAAAAAAGUGUUGCGACCUUUCCUUAGCCUCGAAUUUACCACAAUUUGAUCUGAUGGCGCAUGGCAGACUGGCCAAAAAAAAUACGCAAAAUUGUCAUAUCUCUUGGAGGUCUGCCAGAGUUAUGGAAGACACUCAUUGGUUUUGUACCUGUACCUUUCAAAUUAUGUCGAACAUUCAGCUUUCUCUCAACCAAACAAACAAACAAACAAACAAACAAACCACUUCCCUUUGGUUUUUGAUGAGCUGGGACUACAAGCUAGUUAUUUUAUUAGUUUUUUCUUUGUUUCUUAGAUGUUUGGAUUUGUGUUCAACCCAUGAAUGAACCGCGCCACUCUGCCGCUGCAGUAUCAUUGAAUGAUCAAAUCCUCAUCUGUGGGGGCUGUGAUGGAGAAAACGUGCUAAAGUCGUGUGAAGUGUACGACACAAAACUCAACAAGUGGCAACACAUUCCUCCAAUGAAGAGCUCCCGGAUGAGACAUUCUGCCGUGGUGCAUGCCGGUAAGGUUUACGUAUUUGGAGGUGUGAGUGUUAACAGCGGAGGCAUUGCUUUGAAGUCUGUCGAAUGCUACAAUCCCGAAGAAAACUGCUGGACAAAAGUACCUGAUAUGCCAAAUGGAAGAUUUGACCACCAGUCUCAUAUUUAUAGCCUUAGAUACAAGUUCGUUUCUCAUGUUUUUGACGUGUCAUCAUGA